AUGGGUUCUGUUGGAGGGGAUGAGGUGGUUGAAGAGGCUGGAGUGAAUUAUGAGGAGAGAAUUCAAGUUUCGGUUCGGCUUCGGCCGUUGAAUGAUAAGGAAAUUGCCAGAAAUGAUGUUUCUGAUUGGGAAUGUAUCAAUGAUAGUACAAUUAUUUACAGGAAUAGUGUUUCAGCUUCUGAAAGAUCUCUAUAUCCAACAGCUUAUUCAUUUGAUAGAGUGUUUAGAUCAGAUUGUGAUACAAGGAAAGUGUAUGAAGAAGCGGCUAAAGAUGUUGCUAUUUCUGUUGUUGGUGGAAUCAAUUCGAGCAUUUUUGCGUAUGGACAAACCAGCAGCGGAAAAACUUAUACCAUGAGUGGUAUAACUGAAUGCACUGUAGAAGACAUUUUUAACUAUAUAGAAAAGCACAUGGACAGAGAAUUCAUUUUGAAGUUUUCAGCAAUUGAGAUUUAUAAUGAAUCUGUCAGGGAUCUUCUUAUUCCAGAUUGUACUCCUCUUAGACUUCUUGAUGAUCCAGAGCGAGGAACAGUUAUUGAGAAACUUACUGAGGAAAAUAUUAGGGAUUGGGACCAUUUUAUAGAGCUCAUUUCUUUUUGUGAAACUCAAAGGCAGAUAGGAGAGACAUCACUGAAUGAAGCAAGCUCUAGAUCUCAUCAGAUUCUCAGACUGACGGUUGAAAGUUCAGCGCGCGAGUUUCUUGGAAAUGACAAGUUUAGCUCUCUUUCAGCAUCAGUGAAUUUUGUUGAUCUUGCUGGAAGUGAAAGAGCGUCCCAGACCAAUUCAGCUGGGGCAAGGUUGAAAGAAGGUUGCCACAUAAAUCGUAGUUUACUAACUCUAGGAACUGUUAUCCGCAAACUCAGUAAGGGAAGAAAUGGACAUAUUCCUUUCAGAGAUUCAAAGCUAACGCGCAUAUUGCAAUCGUCAUUAGGAGGAAAUGCUAGAACUGCAAUCAUUUGCACCAUGAGCCCUGCACGGAGCCACGUCGAGCAGAGCAGAAACACUCUCUUAUUUGCAAGUUGUGCUAAGGAAGUUGAAACUAAGGCACAAGUCAAUGUAGUGGUGUCUGAUAAAGCACUAGUCAAGCAAUUACAAAAGGAGUUGGCUAAACUGGAAAGUGAAUUGAGAAAUUCAGGAUCGGCUCGCCCUAAUAGUUCUGAUUCUUCAGCAUUAUUGAGAGAGAAAGAUCGCGAAAUUGAGAUGUUAAGGAUAGAGGUAAAGGAGCUAACCUUGCAGCGCGACCUUGCACAAGUUCAAAUUAAGGACAUUCUCCAAGAAGCGGGAGAUAACAUGUCUUCUUUAAUAGGAGUGGAAAGUUUAGGUCCUCAGUAUCCCGAAUUGCGUGUUCGAAACACAUGGAAUUUAGAAAAUCUUAAAGAGGAACCGAAUGUAUUAAGUAUUAACUGUGAAGAAAGUGUUAGGUCCUUUGAUGCUUCACAAUACUCAGAUGGACAUAGUAUUAGUUCUGAUGAUAACUUGUUCCAACUCCCCGACCUUGAAAAGAAUUUUAUGAAGAACAUUGAAGAUCAGCAUGAAGAGGAUUAUUGUAAAGAAGUUAGGUGCAUUGAGUUAGAAGAGCCUAUCACAGACACGCAUACACAUUCAAAUUCAGAAGAUUUAAGAUCAAAUACAUAUACCAAUUCUAGUGCAUCAUCUCCUCGCGGAAAAAUAGGCGUGUUGGGAUCAAUUGUAGUUAACAAUGGCGACAAAAACAAUAAGGAUUUUUGUUCAUCAGGGUUAAAGGAAGACAAUAGAUCGAACAGUUUGCACGAAUAUUUUGUUCCAACUCCAGAAAACAGUACUCCUUGGAUGACAGAAAACAAAAGAAAAAGUAGUUCUAGAAAUUUGAAGUUAAGCCGAAGUAGAACUUGUAAAGCUAGUCUCAUGAGGAACUUAUCUUCUGAUUGGUUUGAAGAUGAUGAUGUAAUUCAGAACACUCCUCCUCCAAUAGGGAAUGAAAAAGACUUUUUUGGAAGACCUGGAGGAUUUCUGAGAAAGGUUCAUACACUAAGUUAUAAUUUAGAUGCUGAGAGGAAUUUUGUGGAAAGUUCUCUUGAUGAUGAUGCACGGAGUGUGAAAUCCUUCAAUGAAAAGGAAAGCGAGAGCAAUGAUCCUUUAACUCCAAAUAAUAAGGAAAAAGAACAUCUUAAGAGGUUGAAUUUACUGGAUCACCAUGAGGUUCCUGGAACAGAUGCCAUUAUGUCUACAAAAAAUGUCAAAAAUAUUGGUUUGGACCCAAUGCAAGAUGAUGGAGAAACUCAUUCCGAUUGGCCUUCAAAAUUUAACAGGCUGCAAAAGGAGAUUAUUGAACUCUGGGAUGCUUGUAAUGUUUCAUUGGUUCACAGAACUUACUUUUUCCUUCUCUUCAAAGGGGAUCCCUUAGAUUCUAUUUAUUUGGAGGUAGAGCACAGAAGGCUAUCAUAUCUUAAGCAAACUUUUUCACUAGGCAAUAAGACUCUUGAAGAUGGAAGAACCCUUACCCCCGAGUCAAGCAUGAGAUAUCUAAGAAGAGAGAGACAAAUGUUAUGCAAGCAAAUGCAGAAGAAACUAUCUAAAGCUGACAGAGAGAAUCUAUACUUGAAAUGGGGCCUCCGUUUAAGUUCAAAGCAUAGGAGAUUACAGUUGGCACAUCAUCUAUGGACUGAGACAAACAGCAUGGGUCACAUUAGAGAAAGUGCAGCUGUUGUUGUAAAGCUGGUUGGUCCAGUAGAGCCAGAACAAGCUCUUAAGGAAAUGUUUGGACUCAAUUUUGCUCCAAGGCCAACAAGUAGGAAAUCUUUUAGUUGGUCUUUUACAAACAGCAUGAGGCAGAUUUUGUGA